AUGUACAACUUUGAUAACAGUGACGAUAUACCGGAGUUUGGUGAGGAAGUACGUGAUGCCAUUGACAACGGGGAUGUAGUGGGGCUAAGAAAGGCCCUGGAUAAAGGAGCACAUAUAAAUAUGAAGUUCGGAAGGUAUAAGGCUACACCGAUACAUUUUGCUAGCAAGAAACAAAGCCUGGAAAUCGUAGAAGAACUGGUCAAAAGAGGUGCCGAUAUCAACGGGACGGAUGGCAUAAACGACCGACCGUUGCACGAAGCAGUCCGGUUCGGAUCACAGUCCAUACUAACCUUUCUGUUGAAGAAGAAUGCAGACCCUGAUGUCCAAAAUGACUACGAAGAUACUCCGCUGCUUUACUGUUUUGACACUACGAAAUUUAGAAUAAAUGGAUGGACGAAAAAGGCACAGGUUCUUUUGAAGCAUGGUGCAAGGAAAGAAGUGGAAAAUAUGCAUAGCAAAAAGGCCGUGCAGCACUUGCAAACCUUCCUACAAGUUGUUCGGAAUGGCAAAAACAUUGAAAAGGAGAUCCGAAACUCGGAAGAACUUGCAGAAGCCUAUCACCUGUAUGACGUUCUCACUGAGGUAAAUGAUUGGUAUAUUAAACCCACAAUCCCAGAUAAUCUAGACCGAUGA